CUUCGUACUGACUGGAUCAGUCCUCCGCGCGCACUGGGCAUCCUCUCGGUACUUCAAGUACUAUUGGGAACUCUGUCGUGCGCUUCGACUCAAUAUUUUACCCUUCUAUUUUCGCUCGCAAUAAUACACUCUUUCGCCUUUUCACUCGUUCAUUAUGCAUAUCUGGGCUGUUUUUCGUACGGUGCGGAUCGGACUAUUUUUUCUUCUCAUUCUCUCAUGCCUGUCUGGUCUCGGACUACUUUGCAUACCGAUGGUCCAAGGAUGGACUCUCCUCAGCGAGGCGCAACGUAUCCUCCUUGUGGCCAUGGCGGCUGUGGACGCCUUUUCCGCAAUUCUAAUAUAUCUCAUGAUGGUCGUCCCCUUCCGCCUUUGGCUUGACUGUGCCCGCAUCUUUAUAGUGUUGGUUCUGCACAGUGGAGGUGCCGUGAUCUUCACACUUCUGAAGCCGAGGAUCCCUUGUGUCACCUUUGGUUCAACAAACACAUGCACAGAUUUCAGACUGGCGAUCGUGGCUAAUGCCUGGGCGGUAUGCGCCCUUCUCCUUAUGUAUCUCACGUUGCUGGCCAUCGCAGCGUUUCUGCCUCGACCGGUCACUUAUCUACCUGACAAGCCAUCUGUGAUACUCCCCACCUCUCCCGGGAUGCCCAUCCAGCGACCACCUGUCGUCAUGAGACGCAACUCAUCCAUCGAUUCUCGCACAGGGUUACUCGAGAAUGAGCCAACGAUAUCUUCCGAAUCAAGAGCGUCCGUCACGAGUCUUCAUCAAGGCGGUCCUUUGUUUGUAGUCAACGGUGACCGUAUGGAGGAGGAAUAUCAGGAGGUCUUCCCAGAAAUGGGAUCGAGACAGCCUUUGCAGCCUGUGGAUCAUUACGGAUCUAUUCACGAUUUCCCGAUUCGUACACCUGCAUCACAAUCAUCUUUCGCUCUCAGCAUGGCCCAAGCUCAGUCGCUCAAGACACCAAUCGGUCUCCCGGAAGGCUACCCUUUGAGUGCGAUGCCGUCUCCCUUGCCAUACACGCCUACAGUGAUUUCUGCUCAGACUUCGUCACGCCCUCUGCCCUUUUCGAACCCUUUCAGAGGUCCACUUGUGCGUCCUGGUACAUCGGACUCCGUAUACUCGGCAGGCUCGAUAAUGCCAUCGACCACCCUUCAUUCAAAUGGUGCACAGGGUCAUGGUCACUUCAAUAUCCUAGGGGAUCUCCAUGCCGUGCCUCCUAAUCAGGCUAAUUGGGCAACAAACCCAGUCCAAAUGAUCCCAGUGGACCAUGACUCAGAGUAUUUGCUCCCAACACCAUUCACGGCAAGGAACCCAUACCGCUACCCUAGUCCCUACCUCCUCCCUGUUCAGGCCCCUACAUCAGCCCCGCCUCCCAACGGGUACAUGCCUUCAUUGUUUCCCCCGACCACCACUCCUCUUCGUGCGCACACCCCAAUAGCGGCCGCCCAAUCCGUACGGUCUGUCGCCCCCAGCGUUCACUCCCAUGUUUCCGACAGACCCAUGCGUACGGAUCAUCUGGCAUCGUACACUUUCCCACCUAUGUCGCAUUCAAGUAAUCGUACAGGCCUGCCAACUCCGGCCUCCACCAACGGUAAUCCCACUCGCCGGCCUCUGAGCGCACUGCUUCGAUUCGAGAGGCCUGACGACCCGAGCCUACCGAUGUACAACUACCCAUACACUCCGUCCAAGUCGCCCCACAUUCGCAGGUUCGGUUCUGUGCCGAAUGGUGCGGUUCAGGGGACGCAAGUUGGAUACGGAAGAGGAUACGAAGCGUACGAGAUGACGAAUGUUUAUGCUUUGGGUGAGAGGAGAGGAAGUGAUGGACAGGUUGUUGACCAUGCGCAGUGGAGGCGGUUGGUACGAGACGCGGCUCUUGGGACGGCCUGAGUUUGGACAUCGCGCGAUUUUCCUGGUCAUGUUCUCUCUGUUGUUUGCGACUUUGUGACGUACAUGACUUACGAUCGUUUCUCUGGGGCACAAAUUCUGAACAUUAUACCUUCGAUUUCGAUUUCGAUCGCUCUACAGGUCUUGUCGCUCUUUGUAGUCGCCAAGUUAUGCAGCCGACUUUUGUUCACCCGGACACUCUUUAUUUCUUGUAGGUAUUCCGUUCGAGGAGAAUAUCGCAAUGGGCAUAGCCUACACCGAAAUUGAGCAGACAUGUGUUUUAUUCC